CGUCAAUGUCCGCCCAUAAAACAGCAGCUUGGUUCCCCAUAAGUGCUUCCUUCCUUACGUUCAUGCAAAUUGUAUCGCUUGAAAUCGACACAAUAAGCUAGAGCCUCUUAUUUACCUUUUACUGACAGACAUGAGCGAUAGCGACUCCGAAGAUGAGCGUCCAAAGCCCAAACUAAUUGACGACAAUAAAGGGUUGCACCCGCUAUUUUGGGACGCGUUGCCGGAGGACGCCGAGGACGACCCCUUGUACGCGGCGCUUAAAGCCGUCGACGAUGAGUUAUCACCGGAGGAGAAGGCUGAAAGCUUCAAGACGAACGGCAACAACAAGCUGAAGCUCGCGCUCAGCGACAAGGCCGACCAGGCAGCCAAGCGCACGCUCCUGCGCGAGGCCGUGCAGUUCUACUCGAGUGGGCUGGAGCUGGCCGUGCCCAGCGACGCCCUCAACGCCGCGCUGCACUGCAACCGCGCACACGUUCAAAUCAUGUUGGGCAACUUCCGCAAGGCCUACAAUGACGCGCUGGCGGCUCGGAAGCUGCAGCCGGGUAACAUCAAGGCGCUGUUCCGGGCGGCUCGCGCGGCCAGCCGACUGGGCAUGUGGGAGCAGGUUGAGGCGCUGUGCCAGGAGGGGCGGACCGCGGACCCAGCCUCCAAGGAGUUCGAUGGCAUGGCCAAGGAGGCGUCCUCCAAGCUGGCGGAGCGGCGGCAGGUGGAGGAGCGGCUAAGGGCGCAGGCGGAGGCGGAGGCGGCGCCGGCGCGGGCGCUGGUGGACGUGCUGCUGGCGCACGGCUGCAAGAUGACUCGGCCGCAGGUCACCGCCGGCAGCCACAACAAGCCCAGCCUGAGCGCCGACGGCCGCGGCCUGGUGUGGCCGGUGCUGCUGCUGUACCCGGAGUCGGGGCAGCAGGACGUGGUGGAGGCGUGGGCGGAGGACGACUGCUUCAACGAGCACCUGGACAUGAUGUUCGACCCCGAGGGGCCGCCGCUACAGUGGGACGGGGCGGGCGCCUACGUGCGCGACCGCGUGGAGCUCUACUACCUGGCGCACGCCGGCAGGCCGCUCACAAGGGAACAACUGGUGGAGGCGAUGCAGGGCCGCUGGCCCACGGGGCUGGACGCGGCAGCGGGGGGGCCGGAGAAGUACGGCAGCCGGGCGGCGCGCAUGCGGCGAAUCAACCCCAAGCACACGCUACGCCAGGUGCUAGCCCAGGAGGACCACGUGGUGGCGGGCGUGCCGCUGUUCUUCGUGGUGGCCAAGGGCACGCCCUUCCGCGAGGCAUUCCUGGAGAGCGGGAGAUGAGGGCGGGGGACGGAGGUCAGGUAGAGGGGCCGGGGAGGGGAGAGGCGAAGGGGGCCAGGCGGGAGGAGGGGUGGAGGUACUGCUGUCGUGCAUGGCACGGAGGCGGUGUGGCGCAGGCGGAGGCGGAGGCGGGAUGAGCGGGGGUUGGAACCGGUGAGGUUGACGGGAAAGUUGGAAUGUAAGAAACGUGGGGAGGUUGAGCUUGCGUUGCGGUUGAGCAUGCACGCAGGCCCUCGGCAGCCUACAGAGCUACCCGACAGGAUGCGAGUAAUAGAGUACACAUGGUCGGGUGCUUCCUGGUUCCAGCGCGGCAGUGGGGCGCGUGCAUGACGUAGUACGGUGUCCAUGCAAACACGUUCGAGGUCUGGUCUGUUAACGCAGGACCUGUAACUGCAUGACUGCAUGAGAGAAGCGUGGGGCCCAGUUGAGCGAAAUGACAGAGAUUGGCGGAUGAAGCCGUGUUUUGGGAGGCGUGAGGCUUGCAGCCGUGAUAGAAUGCUUUGCCAUCCCACAUAAGGGCACCUGUAUGACAUGAUGUCCGCAACGGAUAGCUUGUAACACGGAAGCGGG